AUUAAAUAUCAUACUUGAAAUUUAGUUUUGGAAACAUAAUUAUGCAAGAAUACGUAUGCAGAGUAUAAGAAUUUUAUUUUUGUCACUUACGGUGAUUUACAACAUUAGAUUAGUCAAACUCAAAAAGAAAAUUGAAUAACUAAUGCAUUUUAACUAUUUUCAAUAUAAAUUAUAAGAGUAGAUGAAAAAUAAAAAAAAUGGAUUCAUUAAUAUCCGUAAGUCCACUAGCAACAGUACAGCUUAUACCUGUCAUUAAUUAUUUGAACCUACUUAGUGAUUAUUUAUUCACCGAAAACUAUUUGGCAGAAGUUAAUCGAAAGAAACAAAUACCAAUUGUUAAUGCACUUUACGACUAUUUCGAAGAGAAUCAAAAUAAUUUAACUAUGCAAUUGAAAUUAAUUAGAUAUUUAUUACAAGGCAGUGAUUUAUACGGAGAAGAAGAUAAUGAGAAUGUAGAUGAAAUUUUCGUUAAUACCAUGUUUGAAUAUAUCAUUAGUUCUCUUGUAUUUGACAAAUAUGGAAAUAUUUAUGGAUUUUUGGCUGAUACAAUUCGCAAAGUAGAAAAUUUACAAUUCGAUAAUUUUUUAAACGUAAUUAAAGAAACACUGAAAAAUGCAACAUUCGACAAUGAAUAUGGAUCUAACUCGAUUCUAACUAAAUUAGCCGUUAAUAGAAUAUAUAAAGAUAUAAUUUUGCCAAUCUUUCCUAAACCAAAGACUAAUCUCAGUAUAUUGUCUCUUGAUUAUAUUUUUGCACAAGCUGGUUCAACGUAUCUUCGACUUGGAAGAAUAAAAAAUACCUAUUAUUCUGAUUUUCAAAAUAAUAAUUUUAAAUACUCUCAUGAAAUUUUUUUUGAUGAAUACUUAAUAGUUGGACACAUAGUAAGGAACUUAAUUAAUUUAAAAAAAAUAGAUGUUCUAACUUUAAGAGUUUUCGCUCUACCAGCUCUUUUAUAUUAUGUAACUACUGAAAUUAAAGUGAAAAAUGAAAUCAUAACAAAUGUAAUUUUCAAUUAUCAUCAUUGGGAGGCAGCUUAUCAUAAAUUUCUCGAAUAUAUGGACAAUGCUUACACUCAAAUAGAAAAUCAAUUGAAGAAUGAUUAUAAAUAUCAAAUGCACUUACGAUUUUUAAGUUUUCAAAAUCGCGCUGUAAUUGCAAAAUCGUUGAUUGAUUCACAAUGCAAUUUUCUGAGUAAAGAACAAAGGGAGAAAGAAUUUAUUACUUAUAUUCGUUUUGCGGAAUAUUUUGAAUGUAGUCAUGAAGUUGUUUUACCCAAUUUAAAUAUUUUGUAUAAAAAUCAAAUUAAUACUCUAGCUGAUAUGUACGGUAAUUAUGAUUUAGAAAUUAUAAAGCAAUGUUUUAAGAAAUCUUUAAUUCGUGAUCUUCAUGGUGUUACAAUAAAUUUAGUAGUUAAUAAUAAUGAAUUAGUAAAUAACGAUUUUAAUAAUUUCCUGUAUUUGUCGUACGAUUUGCUUGAAUUUUAUUACUCUAAUAACAAAACUAUUGAUUAUUAUGCAUUAGUACGAAAAAGUUACACUGUUACACUUAUCAAAGAGACUGAUGAUCCAGUACUUUUUCAAAUACAAUGUGAACCAUUUCUCAAUGAUUUAAUAAGAUUUGGACAGCGAAUUAUUUUAAAAUUAAAUGAUGACGAAGAAAAUAAACUUUUUGAAAAUUUAAUACAUUACAAGAAAGAACGAUUUAAUUCUUUCUUUAGUUUUUCAAACUAUAAUUUAAAAAAUGGUAAAUGGUGGAAGGAAUUUGGAUUGUCUUUAGUGCCAUCUUAUCCUUGUUUAACAAAAAUUAUCAGCUAUGAUACUAACAAAGAAACUUUGUGUGAAAAAGAGAAUUUAAAAUUUUUAAAUAAUUUUACUGAAGAUAUAUUAUUAUAUAUAACAGAUCUAAAUACACAAUCACUUCUUUCUUCUUUUGGUACAACUAUCAAAACAGUAUUUCUUAUUGAAACGAUAAAUUCAAUUUCAGCGUUAUAUAAUUCAUCGGAAAUUUUGACUCAAUUAAAUUUAGAUAUUCAGUCAUUUUAUAAACAAGUUUCUCUUCACAUAGAAGAGCCUAAAUUUGAGACAAUUUCUAUAACUAAAGAUGGUAUUAAAUUAGUAUCAAAAAUUCUCUCUAAUUUAACAGAGAAGAUUAAUUUUAAUUUUACAUCCGUCAAUUAUACUCUAAAUAAAAUGGAAGUUUUAAAAUACAGCUUUAUGAGAGAAAUUGGUGCCGUUGGUAUUAAGAAAAGUAGAAAAUUGUUUGUAAACUCUCUUUAUCCUCAUAAUGGUUUUGGCUACAAAUUUAUAAAAAAUUAUAACAGAGCAAUUGCAUUAUUAAGAACUGAUUAUGAAUUAAAAGAGAAAAUGUUUGUUACACUUGUUCUAGAUUUUCCCGAAAGUAGGAAAAAGUAUAUUAAAUUAAAUAAUAUGACAUUUGAAUACGAACCUAAUUAUUUUAUAUAUGAAAUAAAUAAUCAACUUCGUAGAAAGACAACAAGACUUCGUUUUAAUGGAAUAAAGAGUUAUCAUGAUGAUGAAAAAUGUCUUGAUGAUAUAUAUUUAGAGCAAACGAAACAUUCUGAUAAAUGCUUAAGACAUUGGCGUUUUGUUAAACAACUUAAUCAAAAAGAAGGAGCAGUAGAAUUAUUAAAAAAUAAAGUCAUUAUCGAUGGAGAACAUAUUGCAUCUGAGCAAGAAAUACGUAAUCAAUUAAAAAAAUAUACAUUUCCAGAUGACAAUAUAUUUUUACUUUAUUUUGUCACAAAGUGGAUAGAGAAUAAGAAAUUUGAAGAAUCUGAUUGGAGCAGCAGCUGCAUAAUAGAAAAUGUAGAAAUUUUAGAUGAAUUGCGGUACGAUUUAGUUUUAGAAACGAAAAAUUUAACAAUCCCUGAGGGGAACAAGAGAAUCAAUUCCAUUUAUACGUACAGAGAGAGACGUAAGAUUGAAAAUGGAGCAUCAAUAGAGAAUAUGAUUAGAGAUUUUAAUAAUAAGAAAGCAGGUUUUUCGGUAACAUUUGAAGAUUACUAUGCUAUACAAAAUUUUGUCACAUCAGGCUAUACAAGAAUAAUUGGAGAUACACCAGAAGCGAAACGAAUGAAACUUGCUUUAUAUAGAUUAGCUAUAAGACAAUCUGAUGAUUUAAGGCAUGAAUUUGAGGGGACAUUAUUUUUUGUCGAAUCAGUACCAUUAGACACUAUUAAUUAUCAAUUAUAUGUGGGAAAGAAAGUUGUAUUCCAAAAAUUUUCAAUGACAUCAACAACUGAAACAGCUGCUACGAGAUUUGUUGCAUAUGCACCAAACGGAUUUAGAAAUAUUUUAUAUGAAAUGAAAUUUGAUGAGCCUUACAUUAGAGCAACUAUUGAAACAAAAGUCGAUCGGUUUGAACCUGUAAUUGAAAAAAAUAUAAUCCUUUUACCUGGUUGUGAAUUUGAAAUUGUGCAGAAUGGAACAAUAGUAAUGGGAGGAAUCGGUAAUGUUAUGAAAGUAGUGUUAUAUUUUAAUCCUAAAAGUAAUAAAAAGUAUGAUUGGUAUAAAGAUGUGAUGCGAGAAAUAUCAAAAAUUAAUUUGUAAAUUUUUAUCUUUGAAAAUAAAUUUUUUUGUUUAAAUAUUAUUAAAAACUAGUUUUGUUUUCAAUACAUUUUUUAUUCUCCAAACAAAUUUUUUUUAAAUUAUAAAAACACAUUUAUGUAACAACUAACAACAAAAAUUAAUU